UGCAAGUUGUGUGGGCGAUAAGAAUGGCUGGGAGGAAUCAAAAUGAGAGUGAAUGGGAGGUAACAAGAGGAGGCACAGUGGGAGCUGAAUGGGAUGUGAGAAACUGGAAGAAUGAGAUAAACAAAGUGAAAUGUGUGGGACUGAAUGAAUGGAAGAAUGAGAUGGAAAGAAAGAAGACCCUGGAAUGGUACAAGGAGAAAGGGGCCCCGAGGUAUGAAAGGUGGUAUGAUGGAAGCCUGGGCGGUGAUCUUCUCUUCCGAGCGAGGGCACAGUGUAUGGAUGUGAAUGCAAGGAGUUACAGGUGGUCUGAGUCCCGCAGCAAAGUGUGCCAGAUGUGUGACACGGGAGAGGAUGAGACGGUGGAACAUGUGGUGCUGGAGUGUGUGAAGUAUGUCAGAGACAGGAAUGAGAUGAUGCAAGUGAUACUGACUGAGUUAGGGCAUGAUAGGAAUGAAAGAGUGGAGAAGACAGGAAAGGAAUGGAUGGUGUUGUUGCUGGGACUGUGUACAGAGGCGAAUGAAAGGAUGAUUGAGGCGGUGAAAGAGUUUCUGGAGAGAAUGUGGCGUGCCAGAUGUAUGAACAAUUAGGAUAGAGGAUGAUGUUCGUUUCUCUUUUUUUUUUUUUUUUUUUCCCCUUCUACAGGAGUUGCCGAUCCAAAGGCCUGGCUCAGGAGUGAUCCUGUGCCACAUGUACCAUCAAGAUCAAGAUCAAGACCUCGCUGUCCCGAGGUACAAUAGGUAAAGUUUACAGUGCAGUGUUGAAGGAGAGACUGUGUAAAUGGAUUGAGACAGUUGGAGUGCUGGGUGAAGAACAGAAUGGUUUUCGUAGGGAUAGGAGAGCUGAGGACAAUAUGUUUGUGGUGAAUGAAAUGAUUGAGAAGAAAAAGAAGGAUGGGGGUAAAUUGUACCUAGGUUUUUUGGAUAUAGAGAAAGCUUAUGAUAGAGUGAACAGAGAAAUGUUAGGUAGAGUCUUAGAAAAGAUUGGAUUGAGUGCAAAGAUAGUUAACAUAGUGCAAAGUAUGUAUGUGGACACAAGAGCUAGAUACAGGCUAGGAGACAGAAACAGACUGGGUGAAGAGUGAGAGAGGAGUUAGGCAGGGCUGUAUAUUGUCACCAACCCUUUUUAGCCUAUAUACAGAGGAGCUAGCAGCCUUGAUGAGAAGAAUGAAUGUAGGGGUAAGUGUGGGGAAUGAUAAAGUAUGUGUGCUCCUUUAUGCAGAUGACAUAGUUGUUCUGAGUGAAGCGGCAGAUGAGCUUCAAAGUUUGUUGGAUGUAGUGGAUGGCUAUGGUAAAGACUUUGGAGUAAGGUUUAGCAGUGAGAAAAGCAAAGUAAUGAUUGUGAAUAGGUCAGAGGAUGAAAGUAAUGUGGUAUGGAGACUUGGAGAGAAUGAGUUGAAACAGGUGCAAGAAUACAAGUACUUGGGGAUGUGGAUGAGUCCUAGUGGGUGUGCAAAGGCAAAGAAUGAAAAGAUAAGUAUGGUAAACCAGUGGGUAGGUCGACUGGGAAGCGCGGCAAGGAUAAGAGCAAAUAAGUAUGAUGUGUUGAGAGAAGUGUGGAAGAGUGUGGCUGUGCCAUGUAUAAUGUAUGGUAUGGAUGUGAUUGCAUGGAAUGAAAGUGAAAUUGAUAAGUUAGAAGUGGGCCAGAAUAGAGUAGCAAGGAUGGCACUGAGUGCACCGAGGUGCACAGCAGUUGAAGCCUUGAGAGGUGACAUGGGAUGGAGUACCUUUAGAGAAAGACUGACAAAAGCCACACUUAGGUACAAGAUUAGGCUUGAGAGAAUGGAUGAUGCAAGAAUAGCAAGGAAGGUGUACCUGUGGAAUGAAAGUGGAAGCAAAUGGAGGAAGAGAUGCAUGAGAAUGACAGACAGGAAUGGAUUGCAAGUUGUGUGGGCGAUAAGAAUGGCUGGUAGGAAUCAAAAUGAGCGUGAAUGGGUGGUAACAAGAGGAGGCAGAGUGGGAGCCGAAUGGGAUGUGAGAAAAUGGAAGAAUGAGAUAGACAAAGAAGUGAAAUGUGUGGGACUGAAUGAAUGGAAGAAUAAAAUGGAAAGAAAGAAGACCCUGGAAUGGUACAAGAAGAAAGAGGCCCCGAGGUAUGAAAGGUGGUAUGAUGGAAGCCUGGGCGGUGAUCUCUUCCGAGCGAGGGCACAGUGUAUGGAUGUGAAUGCAAGGAGUUACAGGUGGUCUGAGUCCCGCAGCAAAAUGUGCCAGAUGUGUGACAUGGGAGAGGAUGAGACGGUGGAACAUGUGGUGCUGGAGUGUGUGAAGUAUGCCAGAGACAGGAAUGAGAUGAUGCAAGUGAUACUGACUGAGUUAGGGCAUGAUAGGAAUGAAAGAGUGGAGAAGACAAGUAAGGAAUGGAUGGUGUUGUUGCUGGGACUGUGUAGAGAGGCGAAUGAAAGGAUGAUUGAGGCGGUAAAAGAGUUUCUGGAGAUAAUGUGGCGUGCCAGGUGUAUGAACAAUUAGGAUAGAGGAUGCUGUUCGUUUCUCUUUUUUUCUCUUUCUACAGGAGUUGCCGAUCCAAAGGCCUGGCUCAGGAGUGAUCCUGUGCCACCUGUACCAUCAAGAUCAAGAUCAAGAUCGACCCGGUGUGUGGUGUCAUUGGUCUCAGUGUUGCCCGAGGAUCGGUCACUAUGAGCUCUGAGCUCUUUCUGUAGGGGAACGGCUGGCUGGGUGACCAGCAGACGACCAUCCUUGGUGAAAACUAGUUGAUUUGAGGACGUAUUAAUGAACAUGGGGAGGUGUAAAUGGCACCACGUGACUCCCGAGCAAGGAAGGCUGCCCUUUUGCGAUGUAACGGCACCUCUGAUUGGUCCAGUGUGGCGACCUUAA